UUUAUUGGUCCAUCAUUUUUAUACAGUGAACUAUAUUUCAGAGAGAAAAAAGUACAGUCUCUUACGUGUAUCAUCAAUUCAGAUCAAUUACCCCACGAUACGCCAUCGGAUUCAAUAAAAACUGAUCGAUCCCCACGAGAUUCCGAAUUUUUGAAAAGACCAUGAGCAUUUGACACGAAAAUUUCUAUAAAAAUUAGUGACGAUCCAAGUGAACCAACGCCAAUCGACCAUUUGCACCUCGUACAAAGGACUCCAUUCCUUUAAUUUCCUGGAUGAAAAAAAAGGACACCCCUUUAAAAAUAUAAAUUAGGGAGGACGUAAACUCGAGGUUAUGUCUGAAGAGCAUCAGUUGCCCUCAGAUUCAGACGAGGACGAUGAGGAUUAUGUGCCUGAUGGUGCUGACGAGCCCGUGUCUGAGGCGGAGUCAGAAGGUGAUGCUGAGAGCGGUCCUGAAGACGAGAACAAUGAGAACGAGCAAUUGACGAGGAAUAAGGGUAAAAAACGGGGUCGAAGGAGUAAAAAAAUUUCCAAGCGAAGAAAGCAUUUUGGACCUGGGGAUGAAAUUGUGGUGAACGAAGAGACGAAAGAGACUUCAGCUCUCACCGAAGAGGAGGAGAAAAAAAGGGCUGACACACUGUGGGCCGAUUUCAUGAAAGAUACAGGUACAAUAUCUAAACCAAAGGCUCAGGACUCAGCGAAUGGUACAUCAGCUAAUCCACCAAUUCGGCCGAAACCUGAAGAGAAAGUGAAAAUUACAAAAGUUUUCGAAUUCGCUGGUGAAGAGGUGAAAAUCGAGAAGGAAGUAUCAGCGAACUCGGCAGAAGCUCGACUCUCUCUUCUUUCGUCGGAUAAGUCUCCGAAAAUUCCAGAAGUUAUUCCUAGGCCGUCAGGACGCGGUGGUGGAGGCCGAAGAGGAGGAUUGGGUGGUAUCUCCUCCGUGCUCGGCCAGAUUGGCAGAAAAACAAAAAUCUCAACUCUAGAAAAAUCGAAACUCGAUUGGGAUAAUUUCAAAAAACAGGAAAAUCUCGAUGAAGAGAUAACGACUCAUAAUAGAGGUAGAGAUGGCUUCCUGGAGCGCCAGGAUUUCCUCCAGCGAGCAGAUAUGCGUCAGUUUGAAAUAGAGAAGCAGCUGAGGACUACAGCCCGACGGAGCAAUCGCUGAAAGGUCGACAAAUCGAGGACAAAUGCCGAAGGAAAAUGCCAUGAAACCAUGAACUGCCGAUUUAGAUAGGAGUAUUGAACCAUUCCAAUGCAUCGAGACUCAGUAAUUUCAUGAAUCUUCAUAAA